AUGAAUCCCCGAAAUCUCCCUCCCUCUCCCACCCUCUCUACCCUUGAAACUCCCUCCCUUUCCACCCCUGAAUCUCCCUCCCUUUCCACCCCUGAAUCUCUCUCCCUUUCCACCCCUGAAUCUCUCUCCCUUUCCAUCCCUGAAUCUCCCUCCCUUUUCACCCCUGAAUCCCCUGAAUCUCCCUCCCUUUCCACUUCUCCACCUUCCUCCACCUCUCCUUCCCCUACUCCCAAUGCUCCACCCACUACCUCUCCCCCUCCCGUCUCUCCCAUAACUGAGGAAGACUUGGACGGAUACAUAGAGCAAUUAGAAUACGAAUACGACAGCUUGGAAAAGCUCAUUGCAGAACUGGACGAGUCAGAAACUGCAGGAGGCAUCAAGAUCAAUGCCAUCCGUCAGAGGAUAUUAAAAAUGAGAGAUAUCCUCAGGAAGAUCAUUCGCCACAGGAAGGCGCCCUGUGACACACGGCAUCUCGUUCCCUACGCAGUCUGGCCUGGACUCUCUGGACCUCGAGUGGACGGCCCUCAAAGAGGAUCCUCUUCCCUUCCUACUACUCCACCUUCCUCCACCAUUCCUACCCCGGAAUCUCCCUCUCUUUCUACCCCUCCUACCCUUGAAUCUCCCUCCCUUUCAACCCCUCCACUUUCCUCCACCCCUCCAAUUCCUGAAUCCCAUUCCCUUUCCAACUCUUCACUUUCCUCCACCCCUCCAAUUCCUGAAUCCCAUUCCCUUUCCAACUCUCCACUUUCCUCCACCCCUCCAAUUCCUGAAUCCCAUUCCCUUUCCAACUCUCCACUUUCCUCCACCCCUCCAAUUCCUGAAUCCCAUUCCCUUUCCACCCCUCCGCCUAUGCCUUAUUUUAUUUUUCAUUAUAUAUAUUAUAAACCAAGAAAAUACAGGACUGUUGUAUGGAAUUAUGUAUGGCGCCUCACAAGCUCGGAGGAGUGGGAAGAGUCCAGCUAUGAUCGACAGCCUCACAGCAGCUGGGAUUGGUGGCACAGUUCUACCAAGACACGGAAACCGACCCUGACGACGAGGGAAGAACUCGAAGCGCUGCGAAAAGAAUUCUUUGAGCUGCGAUUAGCUCUUCUAGAAGAGACGGUCCUCCGUUAUCAGGAACAAAGUAAACUGAAGGCAGCCAUAAGAGACGUAAAAUUUAAGCUCGAGAGAGAAAGGGGGAAGCACCUAUUCCCUUUCUAUGGCAGGACAAGGGUGUAUCACCAUAAGCAAGUAGGUGGGAAGAUACGAUCUGGGGAGCGGGAAAACAGGGAAAGGAAGACUCAAUGGGAUAGGGAAGAAGGUGGGAGGAGACGACCAGGGCAGCAGGAGAACAAGGAAAAGAGAACGCAGUGGGAUAGGGAAGCAAGUGGGAAGAGCCGACUAUGGGAGGAGGAGUACAUGGAAAAGAUAAACACACCUGCACCAAGACAGUAUAUUCCCUGGACAACUGCAACCUCCAGCUGGGCCAGUAGUAGACAGGAUUAUUUGUGGGGCAAGACCAGCUAUGAUCGGCGGUCUGAGAGCAGCUGGGAUUGGUGGUCCAAGGCCAAGAGUUCUCCCAAAACCCGGACACCGACCCGGAAGACGAGGAAAGAACUCGAAGCGCUGCGAAAAAAAGUCAAACGGCUUCGCAGUGCUCUUGAACUAGAGAAGAGAAGAAGAAUACGGGAACGUGAGGAGCUAGAGGACGUCCUGAGGAAGCUGAAAAUGAAACUGCAGAGAGAAAGGGGGAAGAAACUGUUCCCUUGCCUACGCAGGAAAAAGAACAGGAAGAGAGGCAGGAAAAGGGCGUAUCACCAUAGGCGAGCAGGUGGGAAGAUACGAUCUAGGGAGCAGAAGAGCAGGGAAAGGUGGAUGCACUGGGAUAGGGAAGCAGGUGAGAAGAGCCGACUACUGGAGCAGGACAACAUGGAAAUGUGGGCGCAGUGGGACUGGGCUAGUAGUAGACGGGAUUAUUUGUGGGGCGAGACCAGCUAUGAUCGGCGGUCUGAGAGCAGCUGGGAUUGGUGGUCCAAGGCAAGGAGUUCUCCCAAAACCGGGAAACCCGGACCGACCCUGAAGACGAGGAAAGAACUCGAAGCGCUGCGAAAAAAAAAGUCAAAAGCCUGCGCAAUGCUCUUGAACUAG